CUUGCCCCUUCUAUUCUGCACGUUGUGCUGCGUCACUGCCUUAUCUCUUCUCUGCAUUGGAGGAGAUCAGUCAUGGAAGAAGAGAAGGCCGAGUUGGUAUGGCGAAACAUUGCAGGCCUCGAAAUUACUCGGAAUGGAUGCACUGGAGGCAUGCGAGAGGAAGAACAAUGGAGGAGCAGAUGGCUAAGCGAUAGCAGUGAUGGGGGUCGCCGCCCUGGGAGUUUUGCGUGUGUUUCGGUGGCAGAUAAGAAAGGACAGAGCGAGUUCGUGCCGACACCGGCGCAGCUUUUGAAGCAUCCGCUGGCACUAGCCGCCCUCGUCCCCAGAGAUGCGGCGCUCUUCGCCGCCGGUGCCAUUGCCGGAGCGGCCGCCAAGACCAUCACCGCCCCUCUAGACCGUAUCAAGCUUCUUAUGCAGAUUCAUGGAUUGCGUGUGCAAGAAAGUGGUAAGAAGGCAGUUGGUCUGAUUGAGGCCAUAACGGUGAUAGGGAAGGAGGAAGGAAUUAAAGGUUACUGGAAAGGGAACCUUCCUCAGGUGAUACGCAUUAUACCAUAUAGUGCUGUUCAAUUGUUUGCUUAUGAAACUUACAAGAAACUUUUUAGAGGAAAGGAUGGUGAGCUCUCUAUUGUAGGAAGACUUGCAGCAGGUGCUUGUGCAGCCAUGACAUCCACUUUUGUAACGUACCCUCUAGAUAUCUUAAGACUACGAUUAGCAGUUGAGCCUGGGUACCGGACCAUGUCUGAGGUUGCCCUAAACAUGCUAAGAGAUGAAGGAGUUGCUUCCUUCUAUAAAGGCUUGGGACCUUCUCUUAUUGGUAUAGCACCUUAUAUUGCUAUGAACUUUUGCAUUUUUGACCUGAUGAAGAAGUCUUUGCCAGAGAAAUUUCAGAAGAGAACUGAAACAUCCCUAGCAACAGCUUUGCUUUCAGCGACCCUUGCCACUCUCUUGUGCUAUCCUUUAGACACUGUUAGGAGGCAAAUGCAAAUGAAGGGUACACCUUACAAGACAGUUCUGGAUGCUUUUCCAGGUAUUGUGGCACGUGAUGGUAUUAUUGGAUUAUACAGAGGAUUUGUGCCCAAUGCAUUGAAAAGCCUCCCAAACAGCAGCAUAAAGCUGACUGCCUUCGACACAGUGAAAGGUCUAAUUGCAGUAGGUGAGAAGGAGCUCGAGAGAAUUGCGGAGGAAAGUCACAGUAAACAAAAUGAAUCCAAGUAAUUUUGAAAUCUAUAUUUCUGUUGUAGCCAUGUAAUAAAAUGAUUUUCAGUUGCCAUUUUUUAUGGGGAUCAUGAUGCACUGGUGUCUAUUUUUUGGGGGUUGUCGUACUGCUAAAAAGAAUUUUUAUGAAAUCUGAAAUUCUCGAGCUGCUGGGAGUCAUUUCCAUGUCCUGGGGCCAUGGUUUUUGUAUGACAAUCAUUUGUACAUGUUCCAACUUAGCUUCUUGUCAAUCUAAAUUUAUUUGGGCUUUCACCCA